AUGCCGACACCCGAGUCCGCCGCCUUCCUCGCCAAAAAGCCCACCGUGCCUCCGACCUACGAGGGCGUUGACUUCGAGGACAACGUCGCCCUGCACAACACCCGUGACGCGAUCAUCCGCGAGCAGUGGGUGCGCAGCAUGAUGUCUCGUCUUGUUGGUGAGGAAUUGGGCAAGUGCUACGCGCGCGAGGGCGUGAACCACCUCGAGAAGUGCGGUGUGCUGCGCGAGAAAUAUUUCGAGCUGCUCAGUGAGCGCAAGGUUAAGGGUUAUCUCUUCCAGGAGAAGAACUACUUCAGUGAUGCGGCUAGCAAGUCCGCAUAG